GCUUUGUUCAGUGAUUUCGAAGGGGUCUGCUGAUCAUCAUUGACCUUUCUUCUUGCAAUCUCCUGCUUCUUCAUUGUGCAAUUCCUCUGUUAUCACCUCUGCGCGUCGGCGAGAUGGCUGUACCGCCAUGCGAGGACAAGCGGCCUGUCAAGCCAGCCAAGGGUAGGACCAAGCAGCCAAAGCAACACAGGACCACGAAAAAAGCGUUACUGCUUGACAGCGUUGGCCCGCAAUUGCUGAAGACGCUUAAUUCAUAUCCCAAACCCGAUACCUACAAUCAUAACUGUGGAUCACCUCCAACCGACAGUUCCUUUUUCCUUCAACCUCGCCCCUCAAGGCUUAGUCGAAGCGCCAGCAGCGAUAAUGGCAGAAGCGACAAUACGACAUUCGAACAUACCCCCAAACAAUCGAAGUACCCAAUAUUGCGCGAGCGCCGAAGUCUGCCGUUCCUAAAACGCAAGCCUCAACCCAGCAGACGCAUCCAAGACUACAACCCCGACGCCAAUACACGACGCAUUAUCGAAUACCUGGCGGCACGCUAUGGCACGGUAUCACACAUGGGUAUGCUAGAUCGUAGUUAUCGGUUCUUCCUGAACAAAGCCCACACCGCCGCUCUCUGCUACAAAAUACUAAACCACGUCGCCAUCGUCAGCGGUGAUCCUCUUUGUGAAUCCAGCCAAAUCGACAACAUCCUCGACGAGUUUACCAGCUACCGAAAAAAGCAUUCGCUAGACCUUGCCUUCAUGGGAGCCAGCGAAUCAUUCGCCAAAUACGCGCGCCAACGGAACUGGAACACUAUGCAGUUCGGGGUCGAGCGAGUGCUCAACCCUCGCACCAACGACGUCCUCCUCGAACGUAGCAGCAAGCGAGUCAUCGUGCAGAACCGCCAGCUCCUGAACCCGCAAAAAGGCGGCAUAACCCUCGGCGUAUACGUCCCUGCCUCCGGCGAAGACGCGCGGUUUCAAUCGGAACUGAUCGCCACGACAUCACAAGCCUUCAUCACAGUAUAUAACCCAUUCGACUUCCCCAAACUGAUGACGUUCAUAUACACGCGGGCCUCCGACGGUACGGUGAACGGAUUCGCUGCGCUCCGUCGCAUCGGCACAAACAAUGGCUACCACAUCGAUCCGUGCAUCGCAGCACCCGGCGCACCGAAGGGGAUAUCCGAUCUCCUGACCUACGCAGCGAUGGCGCUGCUUCACCACGGCGAUAUUUCCUACCUCAGUCUCGGAUACGAGCCACUACCCGAACUAGGAGAGGUUACAGGGAUGUCGUCGACGUUGGAGCGACUCACUCGAUCUUUAUAUCACCACACUUAUCAGCGACUACCAAUACACGGAAAGAAAGCAUACCACGACAAGCUCCGCCCGGACGCAUGUCAGGAGUCAGGCCUUUAUGUGAUCUUCCCGGCUGGGAUGCCGGGUGUGCGACAGAUGGUUGCGAUGGCGCACAUGGCCAAUAUAAGUAUCCGAAAACUUGUUCGGACGAAGGGUGAUUCGCCGCCUGUCGACUCAGCGAGACAGAGUGAGAAGCUUGUAAAUGGCGGAGAACAACGGCGCGGAUAA